UCUUUGCAGUCUCAGACAAUCAAUUCAACUCACCUCAAGGAGCAGUAAAUCAACGACUUCAAUCUCCAACUCAGGAGCUAUAAAGAAAAACUUACAACAACAGUACCUCAACUGUAUUCUAACUCAGCAUCAUCAUUAUACAAUGGCUUUUGCAACCACCAUGUGGAUGUCCCUCUUUAGUGCUCUGUUCGCAGCAGCUGCAGUUUAUGCUGCAAUUGACGAUUGUGCCACUCUUCUCCCACCCACUGACGGCAAUGUUCUGCUUGCAUUCUCAAAAUCUGAUCAGCUGUUGGCCAUCUUCACUUGUGAUGAAGGCUAUGCUGCUGUGGGGGAGACGAUCCUUUCUUGUGUCGAUGGAGAGUGGGACAAGAUACCACCACUGUGUGCCUCACUGGAUGAAUGUGAGCUUAAUAUUAAAAAUUCUGAAGAAAUUGACGCUUUGUCACAAAAAUGUCCCAAACUGACUUCACCACGAUUUGGGAGGAUGGAUAACAGUUUGGUAAACGAAGGGAAAAUGGAAGUGGCCACCUUCAACUGUUUCAAAGGCUACCGUCUCAAUGGACCCUCAACUAUUUACUGUGAAGAACGUUAUUGGAGUGAAGAAUUUGUACCAGAGUGCAAACCUGUUGACUGUGGUGCACCAGAGGCUCCACUAAACGGCACUGUUGAGUUCAAGGACACUCAUUUCAUGGCUACUGCGCACUACAAGUGUGACGCCUGCCAUAUUAGGAAGGGCUACGAGCAGAGGAGCUGCAAACCCAGCGGACUGUGGUCGAAAUCUGUGCCAGAGUGUGUGCUUAUGAAUGAACCAGUGUGCUCAGUACUUGACCUUGAGGUACCUGAACAAGGGUUUGUUCCUCAAGAUAGUGACAUGAUCACCAGUAUGACAUGUGGAGAGAGUAUGGAGGUCCAGUGUGAGAGCGGCUACCAACUAGAAGGUGCUGACACUGCAACUUGCAACUUGGACGGAUCAUUCACAUGGAAUGGUCCACAACCAAACUGUGCAGAACUUAAAUAACUCUUCAUCUCAGUUAUCAAUAUUCCUUGUAUAGCUCAUACAAGUAGUGAAACACGUUGUCUCUUGUUCUCUUUUUCUUGUCUCGACUUAUUACAUUGUUAAUGCCUACUUCCA